CGGUCAUCACGAUGCCGUACGGGUACCCUCUGCAAGCAGGCCUUUGCGCCGCCACGGGUGUGGCAACUGUCGUCAGCUACCUUCCUCCGAAUUACGCGACGGACGAGGAGCGCGCGCGCGCCAAGCAAGACACAAUUGGCCGGAACCAGCCCCGUAUCAACGGUAUCUUCACCAUGCACAUCCGACCCUGGUCCAUCCUGGCUGUCGGCCUCGGCCAGGCCUACUUUCUGUCCACACUGAAAGACCCGCUCCCGGAAAGGUACCUCCGUGCAGUGACGGUGUGCAAUGCCCUGGCAGUGGCCGGUGGUGCGCUGCGCUGGUGGUGCUUCAGGACGCUGGGCAAGUUCUUUACGUUUAAGCUCGCCAUCCGAGAUGACCAUCGGCUCAUCACGACGGGCCCUUACAAAUUCCUGGCACACCCAAGCUAUACAGGAAUGCUGCUGCUUGGUAUCGCAUCGUCACCCGUCUUUGAAGGGCCCCUGAACCCGCUCUUGCUCCUCAUUCCCGAGUCCAAGUCCAGCAACCGGUUCAACAUCAACAUGCGCGCCUUUGUCAGCAUCGCCAUCACGCUCGUCUCCGUUGCUCGCCUCGCCGCGACGCCCUACUACCUCUUCAACCGAGUCCGCGACGAGGAGGAGCUCAUGCGGGGCGAGUUUGGCGAGCAGUACGACGAAUUCCUCAGCCAUCGAUGGAGGCUCAUUCCAUUCAUCUGGUAG